CAAAUCACCACACUCUUCCCCCAUGUCUUCACUCGCCACCGUUGCCCUUCGCGGCUCUCGCUCUAUUGCUAGGAAGAGCGCCCCAUCCGCCGUCAGACAUGCCCACUCUGGUCCCAACAGUCACUUGCCAUUCAACUACACGACUGCAAGCAAACCAGCGAUCGCCUUCAAGUUCUUGUUGUUCUUCGGAACGGCGUUCUCGAUCCCGUUCGCGCAGAACUAUUGGCAUUGGAACCGAAAGGGAGGCAUGAAGAACCCUUGAUCUCACCUCGCCUCGGAUCGCUAUCAUCGUCGUCCCCACCUGGCUCCAGACCCCUUCAUUUCACGGACUGCGAUCUCAUUUACUCCAGACACUACCUAUCAUCGCAGCGAGGCACCCUACAGCAUCGCCUUGGAAUUGUGCCAUUCCCCCCUCUAUGCCCUUUUUAUCACCACUGACAUUCUGCAUGGGCGCGUGUAGAAGAAUGACGAACUUGAAUCUGAAUCUGUAUCAGUAGAAUUGUGCAUGUACUUUCCGUUGUAUCUAACUAUAUUCAGCA